AGCCCAGCCCUUGUCCUCGUGCUGCAUCUGCAUCGUCACUCUCCUUCUCUAAUUUUUGUAGGGUUUAUCGAGGGGAUUGUCAAAACUUUGAAGGUUUCCGCAGCUAGAAAUCGAGCAGGAAACGAUGAGCUCUCGAUUCAGUCGCUUGCGAAUACCUCCGCUCUCGCUCCGUUCUUCGACCAUCUCGAGAUGCAUUUGCUCGACAUCGGAACGCCCGAGCUCCAUUGCUUCGGAACCCGUUUUUCCCGAGAGAAUGCACUCGGGGUCGAGCGAUCCCGAACAAAUCAGUUCAAGAUCCGAUUUUGCCCACAGCCCAUCUGAUUCCGGUCGAAAUGAUCCCGAACCCACCUCGGGCAGUCCAGGUGGUUCGGUUUCUCGACAUGCCAAUGUGGUGAACACCCUGCUGAGACUCAAGGAUGACCCGUCUUCGGCGCUGAAGUUCUACUUUGGAGUCGAGAGGAGGCGUGGCUUCGUUAGGAGUGCCGAUGCGUAUUGCGUCUUACUUCAUAUCUUGGCGGGAUCUCCGGAGUCUUGGUCCCAGGCUCGGAGGUUGCUCCGUUGGAAUGCCGUUGCCGAUUCCGGGUACUCCCCGACCGUGCUCGUGGAUGGUCUGAUCGAGUGUGCCGAGCGGUUCGAUUUUGAGUUGGGUUCGCGGGUCUUUGAUUACUUGCUGAGUAGUCUCGUUAGAGCUGACCGGGUUGGCGAUGCCGUAGAUUGUUGUAAUAGAAUGAUUGAGAGCAAUGCACUGCCUUCCCUUCCGUACUUAAAUGUUCUUUUGGAUGCGUUGGUUAGGAGGGGCAGGAUUGGGGCGGUGCGGGAAUUGUAUGAUACCAUGGUCACAAAAGGCGAAAGAGGUGAUCUCUCUACGUUGCACACGGUGAUGCGAGCGUGUAUGAAGGAAGGGAAGCCUGAGGAGGCUGGAGAGUACUUUAGGCAGGCCAUGGAUCGAGGGAUGGAACUUGACGAGGCAGCUUAUAAUGUUGCGGUCCAGGCUAGGUGUCGAGAGCUGAAUUCAGAGAUGGCUUGUGAGUUGUUGGAGGAGAUGAAAGAAAAGGGAUUGGUCCCUUCGAAGUUUACAUUCACUCGUGUGAUCACCGCUUGUGUGAAGCAGGGGUAUAUGCAAGAGGCUCUGAAGUUAAAGGAUGAGAUGCUAAGGAGAGGGUAUGAGAUGAAUUUGGUGGCCGCAACAAGUUUAAUCAAGGCAUAUUGUAUGUCAGGUGAUUUAAAUUCUGCCCUGAAUUUUUUCGAAAGUAUUUGCAAGGAUGGUCUCGUCCCAAACAAUGUUACCUACACCGCUUUGAUUAGCGGAUGCUGUAGGAAUGGGAAUGUCGAAAAAGCAUCUGAGGUGUACUCCCAAAUGAAACUUGCCGGUGUACGACCUAGUGUCUCUAAUUUUAAUCAUUUGAUUAAGGGAUAUUUAAAAGCUCAGUCAUGGGAAGAGGCUCUCAAAAUAUUUGAGGAGGCUAUUGAGUGUGGAGUUGCUAAUGCCAUUUCCUAUAAUCAUCUUCUGUUCUGGCUUUGCAAUCAGGGUGAUUUGACUGAAGCUUGCAAAUUAUGGGAUAAAAUGAUUGUCAACGGCCUAGUGCCAAAUGUAGUUUCAUACAACAUUAUGAUUCAUGGACACUGCAAAAGUGGCAAUAUGGAUAUGGCAUCUACUAUGUUCUCAGAGAUGCAAGGAAGGAGACUAAAACCUAAUGUACUUUCAUUUACUGUCUUAAUACAUGGAUACUUUAAACAUGGUGAUCCAGUUCGUGCUCUUGAUGUGUUUGAACAGAUGGAGCAUGCAGGAGUUGCUCCCUCAGAUUUCACAUUCCACAUAGUCAUCAAUGGUUUGUGUAAAGCUGGCCAGACUGUUGUGGCUAGGGACACGUUGAAUAAGUUCAUCGACAAAGGCUUUGUCCCAAGCUGCAUGAUUUACAAUAGCGUUAUAGAUGGGUUUGUUGCAGAGGGUGGCAUAAAUUCUGCUUUAUGUGCUUUUAAAGAUAUGAAUGAUUUUGGAGUUUCCCCGAAUGUUGCUACUUACACCAGCUUGAUCAGAGGUUCUUGCAAAAGCAAUAAUAUUGAUCUGGCACUUAAGAUGUGGAAUGAGAUGAAGAAGAAGGGUCUUGAACUGGAUAUCACUGCAUAUGGUGCUCUAAUUGAUGGAUUCUGCAAAAUGCAAGACAUGGAAAGGGCACUGGACUUAUAUUCUGAACUUCUAGAAGUUGGUCUGUCUCCUAAUACAGUCGUAUAUAAUUGCCUCAUUAGUGGGUUUAGAGAUCUAAACAACAUGGAGGCUGCACUUGGUUUUCAGAAGAAAAUGGUAGAUGAGGGUAUCCCUUGCGACUUGCGAACCUAUACCACUUUAAUUGAUGGACUGUUGAAAGAGGGUAAAUUACUUAUGGUAUCGGAUCUUUACUUUGAAUUGCUCGCAAAGGGCCUUGUACCUGAUUUGGUUCUGUACCGUGUCCUGGUGAAGGGUCUCUGCAAAAAGGGACAGCUAGAGAAUGCUGGCAAGAUUUUGGAAGAGAUGGAUAGGAAAGGUGUCAGGCCUGAUGUUCUCUUAUACAACACAUUGAUUGCUGGAAACUUCAAGGAAGGCAAUCUUCAAGAGGCUUUUAGGUUGCAUGAUGAAAUGCUUGACAGAGGACUUGUGCCUGAUGAUACUACAUAUGAUAUCCUUGUAAAUGGACAAUUUGAAGGGAACAAUUAUCUGCCUGAAGCCUCAAUGUCGAGUGGUUGAUUUCCUACUGUAUCAUUGGACCCUGGUCAAUCAUUUGAAGAUGGAGCUCAUAGCGUCUUUGUAGUGACCUGCAUAUCUGAUACUAAGGUAAAUUAGACUUGUAUCCCAAGUCUAUAUCUAUGCAACUAGAGGCCAAAAGAUCGAAGUCUAAAGAUGAUGAGCAUCAUAAAGUAAAUAUUUGUUGUCUGUUUCAUGCCGUAGCACUGAGGGUUGCUUCUGCUUCAAAGAAGUUGAAACCGCUUUGUGACCUUGUAGUCUGCAGUUUGUCCUUCUUAUCUUUUUCAUGAUAAUUUGGUUAGGUGAGAAGUCCUCCAUCAGUUGUCUUGUGGAAGGUUUAAAAAGCGGUUGCCAAUUCAAUGCUGCCAGCUUUCACUGAGGAGCCACGUCUCUGUAUGUUCUGAAAGCAUAGAAAUUAACAUCAUUCUUGGCAAUGCAUGAUGCAGAAUACGAAUUACUCUGAGUAUGUUCCCUAGCUUUGGUUAUAUUCCUACAUCUUACAGAUCAACACAAGAAACUCUAUAAACAUAUUUUCAGGUUUACGAGGAUAUCAUUUUGGCUGGUGAGUAUCAGUCCUCAAAUCUUUUUCAGUCACUUUAGACAAGUUGGGAAAACAAGAUGGAUCGGCAUCAGGUCCUCAGACUUCCUUCCAUGGAAAAAUUAAGCCCCGGAUUCAUUCAGCACAACCAAAGUUAUCACGAGUGUGUUGAACCUUCCGGAACAAAUUAUGAACAAAGCAUGAUGAAGAUGUUAGUGAAGUCACAUGCACAACCAGACUCUUCAAUUGGCUAGUUGCUUUCUCUACAGAAUACUUAGGGACGUCUACUAGCGGUCAUUGCCCACAUGUGUAGUUGGGGAUAUUCAGAGAGCGUUAGGGAUGGCCCCCGAAAACCUGAGACCGCCUUUUAUGCGGUCGCUAAUUGGCCAGCGACUGGCUCCACGAGACUGUCUCUACUUGCUAGCGGCGUGCUGCCGAGGCAACCGCUGUGAUGGGCCGGAAGUCGUCGCCAACUACCGCUGGGGACGGCUAUUAUUGCCUUUAAAGGAUGACUUUGCCCGUUGCCAGUUCACUCUUUUGAUAAUGCUGCCAAGUUAUUGGUCAAUCUGGAGGAGGGUCUCCUGCUCAAUCAUUCAGGAAAACACUGUAACUUUGUGGAAAAGACUGAUGAUGAUUUGAAAUUUGAUCCCUGGGGCAUGAGUCCUCCAUGGAGAUGCGGUUGCUUGGUUUCUGAGUAUUAUUUGUAGAAUAUCUUCACCUAGAGGGAACAGCAAUAUCGAACUCGUGACCACUUCAAU